AUGAAUUUCGAACUAAAUUUACAAACAUUAGUAGAGGGAACCGUACCCCAGGAUUUAACACCUUCAUCAAUACAUUCACUAACACACGAUAUUGCAGAGUUUUUGCUAUCUUCAAAUAAGUCAAUUUCGUUGCUAAAUUCACUGAUUAAUAUUUAUAGACACGAAGUACCACACACUCUGGAGAAUGAUAAGAGGUGGAAAAUUUUUACUGAUUCAAUUGAGAAAUUGUUACCAUUCAAUAACCAAGAUGAUAUAUUGAAAUAUAUAUCCGGUAUACAACAGUCCCCAACAAGAAAUAUGCAUUCAACUUUUAAUGAUGAGAUGUUAGGAAAUCACGCUAAUUUAUCCUUACUACAAAGCAACGCUGAUUAUGCAGAAUCCUUUGAAAAUAUGGAUAUGUACUCUGAUCGCAGAUCGUACAUAUCAUCACACAAGAAUUUCUUAAACAGCAGCAAUAAUGUAGGGACAACUUUGGAAAGACUAACAAAACCUUAUUAUACUAAACUAAUUCCUCAAGAAGAUAUAAUAAAAUUCAUAUCAUAUACACUAUUAGCUACUACAUCUGAUAUGUUUCCAAUAAGACAAAACUGUAUUUCAAUUCCAAAAAAUAUUAGCAAUGGUGAUAGUGGUAUAUUACAUCAUAUCUUUGAAGCAGGUUUGCUUUAUCAAAAAUUAAACUCAAUUGUUGAACAAAAUAAGAAGUCUAAUAUUUCACCAAUGAAAAAAGCAUUACUAAUUCAGAUAUCGCUUUAUCUACGAAAUUACACAGGAUAUAUAAAUACUUUAGUAUUCAAUAAAGUUGAGAACAGCGAAUCUACGACAAAGCAAGUAUAUUAUAAAUUGUUCGAAAAAAUCAUUGAAUUAAGAUACCUAUACGUAUUGUUAAAGGAUUUUGAUGAAACUGAUGGCUAUCAGUAUUUAAAGAAAUUAAAUGAACUAAAAAAUCAUGGUGAUUUAUUGGUGAGGGAGACGAGCCUCUUAUUAUUUAACAAUCUCUUGUCGUUUUAUUCAGAAUAUUUAAUUGAUUGGUUAACUUUGGGAAAGGUGAAUUUGAAUUUAAACGAAUUUUUUAUUAAGAUUAAUAAAGAUGUUGAGUUUUCAAUAUAUGUAGAUGAAGAUAAACUGCCCACAUUUAUACCGAAACAUGUCUCCAUAGAAAUUUACAUCAUUGGUAAAACAUACUUAUAUUUGCAGCAUUAUUUUAAAGACAUUCAAUGGACUAACACCUUUUCAAAAAGGUAUAAUUUAAAAUAUACAAAAUAUUCACAUAAUAUUGAUAGACUGUUCUUUGAUACAAUUCACGAUCAAUAUACUGAGAUCGUAAAUCACACUAAUGAGUUAUUACUUCACAAGUUUUACUUUAGAGAAACUAUAUAUUUGGUUAGAGAUAUAUUAUUAAUGGGUAAAGCUGACUUUAUUGAUGUGUUAAUUAUGAAUUCCAAUGAUAUACUUUUGAGUCCCUCCGAUUCAUUGUCAAGUUAUGAAUUGACUAGAUAUUUACAGGAUUCUGUCCAUCAUUCAUCAAUGAACAAUCUAUUAAAUCGCUGCGAUAAUAAUACUUUAAUUAAUAAAUUAGAUGCAAGGGUUUUAGAUCUUGGCCAUGGGUCUAUUGGUUGGGAUGUCUUCACACUUGACUACCUUCUUGAUGAGCCUUUACUAAAAAUUUUAAAUGUAAAUAGAGAAGGAGGAAGGAAGGAAUACUUGAGGAUAUUCAAUUUUUUAUGGAGAUUUAAAAAGAAUACCUUUUUUCAUAAUACGGAAACAUCGAGGUCAACCAUGCUGAUACGUGAGUUAAGAAAAAUUAGCAAUAAAGAUCCAUUAAUAAGGGAUAUUGUUUCCAAAUUUUCCAAAUGUAAUGUGCUAAAGUCUCAAGUUUAUCAAUUUAAUAUUAGCCUAGAAACUCAUACUUUUCAAAACAUAAUAGAGAACAAUUUUAAAGAGUUAUCUGCUGUUCUUGGUAUUAACGAUGAAUCCAUGGAAGACAAUGUAAUGGACCAAAAUAACACUCAAUCGUUAAGUAUAACAAAGUUGAGUAGUGGACUUGUAGCCCCUGAUGGUCUUCUAAAGCCUAAAGGUGCUGCUUUCAAAACUGAUAUAAACCCAAAGAUAAAUGUAUUAAAAAAUUAUAAUAUUGACGAAAUUGAGAAAUUACAUAAUGAGUUUUUAUCAAACAUUUUGAACAAUAAACUUUUAUCAUCUUCCUCAAAUGAUAAUGGUACUUAUUCUGGCAAUGCAUACUCCACUUCAAUUAUUCUUUUAUUAAACACAAUUUUUGAAUUUUUAACUUAUUAUAAUGCGUUAAAUGAUAUCACCUAUGAAGUACUAAUCCAAUUAAAUCUUCAAAAUUCACCAAAUGAAAUUAACCUAUUGUUAGGUAGGUUCAAUACAGUUUUAAGAAACAUUGUUCGUCAAUAUAAAAACUUCCGAGAGCAGAAGAAUCUUUUCUUACGUGAUUUGAAGUCUGAUGGAGAUGAUGAAUUGUUCAGAUUACAAAAGAUUUUAAAAUAA